AUGGGGCAGGCCGAGAAAAUGGUGAGGGCGCGACUGCGGGCAGCGGACGGCUCGACCUAUGCCGCCGCUAGUUGCUCCGAGAUUCAUUGUCGGUACACGGACAUCGGUGAUGCCAUUGAGAAAGCUUGGUGCGAUCCGAAACCGGACGAGCCGCCGCCGCUCCUGCCGAAGAGAUACGUGCCGAAUACCCGAACGUACACGAUACUGAUGAAGGGGUACAUGAAGGAAGGGCGCGUGGACGACGUCGUGCGCAUGAUACGAGCGAUGCAGAAUGAGCCAGAUCCGUCAAGCCACCCCGAUAUUGUUACUUACACGACCGUCGUCUCUGCGUUGGUGAACGCCGGAGCCAUGGACCGUGCACACGCCAUCCUUGCGGAGAUGAUCGACACGGGCGUUUCGCCUAAUCGGGUCACCUACAAUGUGCUUCUCAAGGGUUAUUGUCAGCAACUACAGCUCGACAAGGCGAAGGAGCUUAUUCGAGACUUCGAGCCUAACGUUGUAUCUUACAACAUAUUGAUCGACGGUUGCAUACUGAUGGACGAUAGCGCCGGAGCGCUCAAGUACUUCAACGAGAUGAGGGAACGAGGGAUUGCACCAUCGAAGGUCAGCUACACGACUCUCAUGAAGGCUUUCGCCCUCUCGGGUCAACCAAAGCUGGCCAGCAAGGUGUUCGACGAAAUGACAAAGGACCCGAGGGUGAAGGUCGAUAGAGUAGCAUGGAACAUGUUGGUCGAGGGUUAUUGUCGAUUAGGGCUCAUCGAGGAAGCAAAGAAAAUCAUAGAGAGAAUGAAGGAGAGCGGGUUUGAGCCCGAUGUCGCAACCUACGGAAGCCUCGCCAACGGGAUCGCCGUGGCGAGAAGGCCCGGGGAGGCGCUUGUGUUAUGGAAUGAAGUGAAGGAAAGGUGUGAGAUGUCACCUCCAACGUUGAGGCCCGACGAGGGUUUGCUCGAUGCGCUGGCAGAUGUUUGCGUGAGGGCGGCCUUCUUUAAGAAGGCGCUUGAAAUCGUGGCUUGUAUGGAGGAGAACGGGAUAUCGCCGAAUAAAACAAAGUAUAAGAGGAUAUAUGUGGAGAUGCAUUCGAGGAUGUUCACGAGUAAGCAUGCAUCGAGGGCAAGGCAGGAGAGGAGGAGGGAGAAGAAGAGGGCGGCCGAGGCGUUCAAGUUCUGGUUAGGGUUGCCGAAUUCCUACUAUGGGAGUGAGUGGAGGAUUGAGACUAUGUAUGAAGAUGAUGUUGGAGAUAGCUAGUCAGAAACUGAUGCUUCCAGAAAACGUGAGAUUUUCCGGUGGCACAUUUGUUGAGCGAUUUGUUCAGACGGAACCGUGAAAAAAUUGUAACGCAAACCGCGAGGGCUCUAAAUUGUACCCGCAGUGAUCCAGUAGAAGCUGUGAAUUCUGCAUUCUCCAAAUGUAAGCCUCAUGACAUGCGAAAGAAAAUCUUGAUAUCUAAAGAAUAUAGUGAUCCUGCACGCCUUAGCAUCUGAUACAGUAAGAUUAAUUCAGCAUUCAAGUCUUCAUCCAUCUGUAAGCUUGAUUUAUCAAAUGAUCAUACCAUACAGCAAUACAUCAUUUUAACAAAUUUUAACUCAUCUCUUACAUCACUCAUUUCAAGUUCCA